AUGGAACACGAGAAAGCCGGCAGCGGCGAGCUCAAGCCUUACCGCAACAGCGAUGACGACUACGAAGGCAUGUCCAUUGGCCGCUACAUCGCUACUCGCAUUCCGACUCUCAAACCACCAAUGCAUAAGGCGCCCAACCCAUUCAAGCUCCUCGCGCUGCUCAAUUUCCAGCAAUGGAUGUUCUUCCUUGUCGGGUUUUGCGGCUGGACCUGGGAUGCAUUUGACUUCUUCACCGUCUCACUCACAGUGGAGGAACUAGCGGAGCAAUUCAGCACGCCAGAGAAAGAAUAUACCAAUGCAGAUAUCACAUGGGGCAUCACCUUGGUGCUGAUGUUUCGCUCUGUGGGAAGUGUCAUAUUUGGCAUUGCUGCCGAUCGAUAUGGUCGCAAGUGGCCUUUCAUCGUUAACAACAUCCUCUUCAUCAUUCUCGAGCUUGGGACAGGCUUCUGCAAUACAUACAGCCAAUUUCUAGCAUGCAGAGCGCUGUUUGGUAUAGCCAUGGGCGGUCUAUACGGCAAUGCAGCAGCAACGGCGCUAGAAGAUUGUCCAGAAGCAGCCAGAGGUCUGAUAUCGGGCAUGUUACAGCAAGGAUACGCAUUUGGCUACUUAUUGGCCGCCGCUUUCGCAAGAGGUCUGGUAGAUACAACAUCACACGGAUGGAGGCCCCUGUUCUGGUUUGGCGCAGGUCCUCCCGUUCUGAUCAUCCUCUUUCGCCUUGCAUUACCGGAGACCAAGUCAUACCAAGAACGAGCGGCGGUCAGAAAGGCAUCAGGAGGCGUCACAUCAACCUUCCUUUCCGAAGGCAAGGUUGCCCUGCGAAAACACUGGCUCCUCCUCCUCUACCUGGUCCUCCUCAUGGCAGGCUUCAACUUCAUGUCCCACGGAUCGCAGGAUAUCUACCCUCUCAUGCUCAAAAAUCAAUACAGCUUCUCCGCCGACGCUGUCACCGUCACACAGGUCGUUGCCAAUCUUGGCGCCAUGACAGGCGGCACGGUCAUCGGCUUCUGUAGCCAGAUAUUUGGGCGAAGAUUCAGCAUUAUCUUCAUAUCCAUCAUUGGUGGGGCAUUGUUGUACCCAUACAGCUUCGUUGGUAGCCACAAGAUCAUGGCCGCUGCCUUCUUCGAGCAGUUUUGCGUACAGGGCGCUUGGGGUGUCAUCCCUAUCCACUUGAUGGAACUUUCUCCUGGCUCUUUCCGUACCUUUGUGGUUGGGACUUCAUAUCAGCUUGGCAACCUGGUAAGCAGCGCGAGUAGCACUAUAGAGACUACUAUCGGAGAGAGAUUCCCACUCCCGCCAAAGGGCAAGACCAAGCGAUAUGAAUAUGGCAAAGUGAUUUGCAUCUUCAUGGGUUGCGUUUUCGCGUAUGUCAUUGUCCUGGCAUUGAUCGGGCCCGAAAAGUUGGGUAAAGACUUUGGCGUUCACGCUGAUAGCGAUAUCAAGGAGGCAGCUGGUGAAGACAGAGUCUUGGCAGUUAUUGGAGGCGGGCGGCACAGUGACGAGGAGAGCAGUGGGAGCGAGAAGGGUGGAGUUAGUAAGAAGGAGAGCGCUAUCUAA